AAGCCCCCCCCCUCCGGCCCAAACCUCCCAAGAGAGCGGGCGCCUGUUCUUCGAAGCCCCGUGAUCAGCUGCUGCCGUAGCGGGCCCCCUCCCCCAGGGAGGAAGCCGCCGCAAUGAAGACAGCCGCGCGCCUCGCGCUGGCGCUGCUCCUCUGCCCCGCCGCGCGGGCGGCCGAGCAGCAGGUCACCCCAGUGCAGAAGGUGGUCCAGCUGCUGGAGGGGAUGCUGGAAAAGGGCAAGGCGAGCGGUGGCCCAGUCCAGUUCGCCGCCUACAAGCAGUUCUGCGACGACACGUCCGCCGCCAAGGAGCGGUCGAUCAAGGAGGCCGACGAGAAGAUAGAGAUCCUGAAGGCGGACAUCGAGCUGCACGCCGCCACCAUCGCCAGACUGAAGAAGGAGAUUGCCGAGCACGAGGCCGACCUCGCCGCGUGGGCUGGCGACAUGCAGGCGGCCACGAAGGUGCGGGAGAUAGAGAAGACCGCCUACGACGACUCGCACAAGGACCACUGGGACCUCUCCGAGUCCGUGUCCGCCCUCGACCGCGCCAUCCAGGUCCUCAAGGCGCAGGCCUUCAACCGCAAGCAGGCCUCGAGUCUGGCCCAGGUGGCGGCCCUGGGCGGCCUGAGGCUGAUCCCCGACGGGGCCAAGAGGGCCAUCGAGGCCUUCCUGCAGGAGGACCCCGCCGCCGACGCCCUGAGCGUGACGGCGCCCGAGGCACACGGCUAUGAGUUCCAGUCCCACGGCAUCAUUGCCAUGCUGGAGACCCAGCUGCUCGACAAGUUCGUUGCCGAGCGCACCGACUUGGAGAAGGACGCGGGCUCGACCACGAAGCACUAAACAAUUUGAUCCCGUGCCUUCAGGACCUCACGAAGCAGUCCGACCAAGCGAAGUACGACGCCUCGGAGAAGUCCGAGCUCGCCGCCAAGAACAAGGAGGACGACAUGGCCGGCGCGGAAGGCGAGUUGACGGAGACCAAGGA